AGAAAUUACUCUUCUAAACAGCCAGACUUCACUGGUUUCAGGACAUUCCAGGCUGGGCCGGGGAGGGGUUGGGCUGGGGGCGUGCCCGUCCAUCCCCCUAGCUCUACCCCCGCUUCCACUACGCUCAGUCCUGGUUUCCUCCUGUCCCUACAAUCCCUUCAAAGGGCCUUUAGCUUUUCUACCAUCAAGGCUUUCUAGUCCUUUAAAUCCUAGAGGCAAACUUUUAGGGACUAAGGAAGGCUGGGAGGGGCCUAUGGCUUAACCCUCUCAACCCGGGACAAGAGACCAGCUUGGCUGACUGGGCGUUGACUCGGUGCUUGGUUGGUAGGCUGCCAUGGCCCCCGAGAGGGGCUGAAGCUUAUUCCUGGUGCAGAUGCCGGUAAUGAAGCAGCUGGGCCCUGCACAACCCAAGAAGCGGCUGGAUCGCGGAGCACUCUCGAUCUCAGCACCCCUCGGAGACUUCAGGCACACAUUGCACGUGGGACGCGGUGGCGACGCCUUCGGGGACACCUCAUUCCUGAGUCGCCACGGGGGCGGUCCGCCUCCCGAGCCUGGAGCCCCACCGGUUGUGGCCCCACAUUCUGUCGCUCCACCUGCAGCCCCACAGCCCCCUGUGGCUGUGCCUUCACCUGCGGACCCGCUGCUGUCUUUCCACCUGGACCUGGGCCCCUCUAUGCUGGACGCGGUGUUAGGCGUCAUGGACGCGGAGCGCAGCGAGACAACAGCCACCAAGCCCGAUGGGGAUGCCCACCCUAGAGUGCAGCACCCCAAGACCCGCUGCUGCUCAAAUGCUGACCUCCAGCUGGACGACGUCAUCGGUCUGUAGUGUCAUAAUUCCCUCAACCCCUCCCUCCCAGCACUCCACUUUUGUACACAUAAAUGGCUGAGGUUUGUGCCA